AUGUACCGCAAACGUAAUGGCUCUUUGGGUUUUUCGUUCACACGAUUUGCUCACGCGGCGGUUCCGAAUUUCUUCGCCGAUGAGUCUCCGGUGCGGACGGCCAACCUGAUCUCAUACCGCCGCGACAUGUGCUAUAUGCACCAAAUCGCGAGCCCCGAUCCGUAUGCUCUGGAUGAGCGGAGCUUCUACGUCGCGGGCGUGGUUGACAGCGAAAGUGUGAGCAGAAAAGUACAUAGAGCCUUGAAAAAGUGUUCGAUCCUGGGUGACGACGGGAUCGUGGAUACCCAUAAGAUUGGGCCCAGGUUUCCACAUCAAUUGGCCCUGCUGAACAUUCCGAGACAGAAAGACUUGGUAGGAAUGCUUUUCUGGUGGGAGGAGGAGUGUCAGAGACUAAGAAAGUUGAACGCCGAAGAGGAGGAGCUGGACGAGUUGAUUGCUCAUGCCGAGGUCAGAGUCACCGUCGCUACGGAGGGGGCUGCCCGGGGUGAACUCAGAGAAGAUGACCAUGGGGCUAAACUUGCGCUCGACGAGUUGAAAUUCGCCAGAGAGAGGGUCCGGAUGAAAAAGAGACAGAGACCGAGUCAGAGAAGGGUCGACGUUGAAGAGGAUAAAGACGAUAUUGUCAUGGCCUUUCACGGCCGAAGCAAGAGCGUGCCCAAUAUGCCUGGUCAGCUACGAGUAUCAGGAACGACAUCCGCCGGCAACGAUGACAACAGGAACGGAGUUGAAGAGGCUCACGCGGAGGAUCAUGGCCCGCCCCCAGGGUAUCUGCCACGCACAUGA